AUGACACUAUCAGGAGACUCUGUAGCCAAGGCUGCCGAAGCAGCGGUCAACAAUGGUGUUAGUGACGGCAACAAGAAACGCCCUUACCUUCUGUUCUGCGCGGCACCCGCGACAGGACACACGAAUCCUCUCCUUCUGAUCGCAGCGGAGAUGAUUCAACGCGGUUUUGAAGGUACCUUCAUCACCGGCGAUGAGUUCCACCCUCAGAUCAAGCGCCUCGGCGCCCAACACGUUGCCAUUCCGCCAAUGAUUAGUCCCGAGAUUGCUGCCAUUCGCGAAAAACUCCCCGUUGGCAUCCCUCGUCUCAUAUUCGAUCUCAGCAACGUCUUCAUCAAGUCUGUGACACCUCACUUCCGCAUUCUGAUGGAUACUCUUGAGAAGAUCCGCGUGGAACACCCUGACAAGCAAGUCGUCAUUGUCCACGAGACGCUCUACAUGGGCCUCGGUCCGAUGAUGUUUGGCGCGCCUUUGCCCAAGGGUUACACUACGCGACCACCCGUCAUCGACAUCAACAUUGUUCCCCUCGUCACCACGAGCAUCGAUACCGCGCCGUUUGGCCCGGGUCUGCCUCCCGACUCGACCGAGUCCGGCCGCGGGCGGAACAAGCUGCUCAAUGAAAUGUUCUUCAGCCCGAUGGGCCCAUUUGGUGCGGCAGCAACGGAGUACAGCGAGGUUGUCAAGUCGCUCGGCGGUACACGCGAGCUGUCUCCCGCCUUGUUCGAAGUAUGGCAGACCAGCUACGACGUGACCCUACAAAUGUGUUCGCCCAGCCUCGAGUACCCCAGAUCAGAUCUUCACAAAACCAUCAGGUAUGCAGGGUGUUUGCCACCCAAGCCCAUCGACCCGAAUUACAAGUAUCCGGUAUGGUGGGAUGAGAUCACGGCCGGAAACAAGAAGAUUGUUGGCGUUGCGCAGGGCACCAUCGCCACCGACUACACGGAUCUCAUCAUCCCCACGAUACAAGGCUUGGCCCACCGCGACGACAUCAUCCUCGUCGCCAUCUUGGGCGUCAAGGGUGCGACGCUACCCGAGGAGCUCACGAUCCCGGCCAACACCAAGGUCAUCGACUUCCUCUCGUACGAUGCCCUGCUCAAGCACGCAGACGUCUGGGUCCUCAAUGCCGGGUACGGCGGCUACUUGCACGGCAUUGUAAAUGGUGUCCCCAUGGUUCUUGGCGGCGAUACCGAAGACAAGCCCGAGAUUGCGAUGCGUGGGCAGUGGUCCGGAGUGGCAUACAACCUCAAGACUGGACGCCCGACGUCACAACAGGUCCUUGAGGGUGUCGAGGAUGUGCUUGUCAACGACAAGUACAAGAAGCGGGUAAUGGAAAUCAAGAAGGAGAACGAAGACAUGAAGGCUCUUGACUUUGUUGAGAAGCACAUCUGGGAAUAUGCCGAUUCAGCAUAG